AUGUAUCCUCGAGGCACAGUACAUAACCGGACCCAGAGCGCAAUUUAUCACGACAUCAAGUAUGAACUCGACAACCUUCCAGCAGUCGCGUGUGCAUUGUCGGACGCGAACACUACCUGGUCCUCUUACUACUACAAGCGUUUCACCACGAGUAUGCGUCCAUUUCGCAGACGCAAUGAAGACGCAGAAUUCUACACGUAUCAGGAACUCCGCAAUCAUGACCAGGAGAUAGGUGUGGGCUCGAAAUCACCCACCAUGACCGGAUCCCCCCUUGACUUGACACCGCAAGAUGCAGUGCAAUUCAACAGCAGUCUUUCGGAACGUAGGCCAACGGUGCCCUUGCCACAAGUAUACCAUCAAUCAUCGUUUGCAACGCAUACGCCUCUCUACACCGACCAUGGAACACAGACUUCAAGCACACCGUCGCCAUGCUACUCCACCAUCAAAACUUCGUCACAGAGUUCCGACUUUGCCGUCCCAGAACACCGCUGGUACAAUGGCGAUGAUGUUGAGCUACAAGCUAUUGCGUACGACGAUGGACAUCGAUAUCCGCCAGGUGUUGUUGUAAUCAAGACGAUUGACGAUGAAGGCAAGGAGAUUAUCGACGAGUUCAGCUUUAACAAGGACAAGAGAGACAAGAUGCCACUUAGACGUGAGUGGGAUAGGUUAGACGGUACUGGGGUGAAAGAAGGCGCCGUGGUAAAAAUCGCAGGCAAAUUUGUCAAUACCCUGACACGGGUGAUGUAUGAGUGGAAAGGUCAUGGCUCACGGUACUGA